AUGGCAACAACAUCGGAGGUGGUGACAUCAAGAAUCGCUUAUUCUGCAAGCGAUUUAAUUUACGUUAUAGAACCCAAUUCUUCAAAAUCAUCUUCAAAAUCUCAAAGUACAUUAGAAUUAACUCAAUAUCAAACUCAAUCAAAGACAAAUAUUUUUAAUAAAAUACCAGAAUUAGAAACUUUACAUUCAAUCUCUGAUCCAUUUUCCAAAUUACAUGUUCAACUAUCAAAAGGUUCCUUGAUAAGUGUAAUCAUACCCUCUAAUUGUUCAAAGAAUGUUUUAAUUAAUUCCAUACCACAUCUUUAUAAAAUUUCAAAUAGUAAUAAAAAUAAUCAUGGGGGAGCUAUUGUCAUUCACGUUGUCUUGGAUAAAAGUGAUUUAAAUCAAUUGGGUGAUUAUACUGAUGUUAUGGCUUUAAGACAAACUGGUUUUGCUUUAUUGCAUUCCAAUGGUCUUCAAGAAUCUUCGGAUAUGGCUCUGGUAGCUCAUUCAAUCGCUUUAAAAACUGGAAUUUCCGUCAUACAUUUCUUUGAUAAUGAAUCAAAGAAAGUAGCCGUGUUGGAGCAAGUCGUCCCUCGUGCAACUAAUUGGACCCCAUUAUAUUUAGAUGUUGUAUCAGCUUUUCAAAACCGUAAUUAUUGGUCUGUUAAAUUACCUCUUAUCACUUGUGGACAGUAUGGUGCUUUGGAAAAAGGACCAAUUGACGCAGAAGUUUUCGCUCUUCUGAAUUCAAAUGUUCCUCGUCGUAACUUCAUCCUUGGUAAAGGACCUUUAAAGUCAAAAUCGGAAAAUAUUGGAGGGGUUAAUGGUCAAGAUGAUCUUGAAAAUUCUGCGUUGGAGAGGCCUUAUAUAAAGAUGCUCAAUGAAAUCUUCUCCGAGAGGUUAUACAUUGCUAAUUCUGCAUCAAAAACUAACGCUGGACAUUUAGAAGCUCCUUAUUCAACGCGUACUGCGGCUGAUCCAGAAAAGCGCAAAAAGGAUAUUGGUCUCUACGCGAUGAAUUAUGGAAACGUGUUCGUAGCUUCUGUGGCUAUGUAUUCAUCUUAUACUCAAGUUCUACAUGCUUUAAUAGAAGCGGAAAGGUUCAAAGGUCCGUCGAUCGUGUUGGCUUACCUUCCUUAUCAUUCCGAAAAGGAUACAACGAUUACCGUAUUAAAAGAAACCAAAUUAGCUGUUGACAAUGGUUAUUGGCCAUUAUAUAGAUGGAACCCUGAAUUAGAAAAGGAAGGAAAGGAACCUUUCAUCUUGGAUUCUGAACGAAUUAAACAAGAAUUACAAAGUUUCUUGGAUCGAGAAAAUCAUUUGACACAAUUAAUUCGUUCCCGUCCAAAUUAUUCUCCUUUAUUAACAAACUCCCUUGAAUCAGAAGUUAAAUCAAGACAAAAAUCUCUUGCACAAUCAGCUUACGAGAAAUUGUUAGGCGGUUUGACAGGCCCACCAUUAUUGAUCUUAUUUGGAUCAGAUAAUGGUAAUGCUGAAGGCUUGGCAAGAAGGUUACAAAAAGGAGCAAUAGCUAGAGGGGUAAAUGCACGAUGUCUAGCGAUGGAUGAUUUCCCAAUUGAAGAUAUUACUCUAGAAAAGAAUUUGGUGUUUAUUUGUAGUACAGCUGGUCAAGGAGAAUUUCCGCAGAAUGCUCGUGAAUUCUGGAAGCAUGUUUCAACCACUACAGAUAUUUCCUUCACAGAGUCAAGAUAUGCAGUUUUUGGAUUAGGAGAUAGUCAUUAUUGGCCAAGGGAGGAGGACGCGAUUUAUUAUAAUAAACCUGGUAAAGAUUUAGAUGCAAGGUUGGAAUUAUUAGGAGGGCAAAGUUUAAUCCCACUUGGAUUAGGAGACGAUCAAGAUGCUGAUGGAUAUGAAACGGCAUAUCAAUUACAUGGAGUUCUUAAACGAAAUUUGAGAGAAACCAUACGCGGCAUUAAUAGAAGUUUAUUGGAUACAUUGGCAGCAUGUGGAGACGUCAACAGGAAUGUCAUGUGUAAUCCGAAUCCACUCAUUUCUGAAGUACAUGCGGAAGUACAAGACUUUGCGAAGAAAAUAAGUGCACAUCUAUCACCAAGAACAUCCGCAUAUCAUGAAAUUUGGCUAGACGAUAAGAUGGUAGCAGGACAAGCGGUACAAGAUUUUGAACCAUUAUACGGACCUACUUAUUUACCACGUAAAUUCAAGAUCGCGAUCGCGAUUCCUCCUAAUAAUGAUGUUGAUGUAUUUGCUCAUGAUCUGGGUUAUAUUGCCAUUUCCGAUGAUAAUGGGAAACUGUUGGGGUAUAAUGUAACAGUUGGAGGCGGAAUGGGAAUGACGCAUAACAACAAGAAAACGUAUCCUAAUUUAGGUCAACUACUCGGAUUUAGUAGACCGGAACAGGCAAUUGAAAUUGGAGAGAAAGUAAUGUUGGUUCAAAGAGAUUUUGGUGAUCGUAUGAAUCGAAAGCAUGCGAGACUCAAGUAUACGAUUGAUGACCGUGACUUGGACUGGUUCCGAGACGAAGUUGAAUCCCGAUUAGGAUAUAAAAUGGAUCCACCAAAAGAAUAUAAAUUUGAAAAUAACGCGGAUAGAUAUGGAUGGACGAAAGGCGUUGACGACAAAUGGCAUUUUUGUAUGUACAUAGAAAAUGGACGUGUCAUAGAUUCCCCAGGGGAAGCUAUUAAAUCAGGAUUAAGAGAGAUCGCAAAAGUACAUAAAGGAGACUUUCGUUUGACACCAAAUCAACAUCUUAUAUUAGGAAACGUAUCAGAACAAGAUAAGCCACAAAUUGAAGAAUUAUUAAAGAAGUAUAAAUUGGAUAAUUUGCAAUUUACCGGUUUAAGAUUGAAUUCCAUGUCAUGUGUAGCCUUACCAACAUGUGGAUUAGCCAUGGCAGAAUCCGAAAGAUACUUACCAACGCUUGUUAGUAAAUUAGAAAUCAUUAUUGAAGAAUGUGGAUUAAGAGGAGACGCGAUUACGAUUAGGAUGACAGGAUGUCCCAAUGGAUGUGCAAGGCCCUAUGUAGCAGAAAUUGCUUGCGUAGGUAAAGCAUUGGGAACUUACAACCUUUAUUUAGGUGGAGGAUUCUAUGGGCAGAGGUUAAAUAAAUUAUACAAAGAAAGUUUGAAAGAAGAAGAUAUUUUAGGGGAAUUGAAACCCAUGUUGAGCAGAUAUGCUAAAGAAAGAAACGAUGGAGAGAGAUUUGGUGAUUUUGUUAUUAGGAUGGGAUAUGUUAAAGCUACAAAGUAUGGUAAAGAUUUCCACGAUUUGUAA